AGGAUUCGUCACAUUAAGGGGGGCUCCGGAAGACAUCUCCUCCUACGAUGGCUGGUCGGAAACCCCAAAAAAACAAUAAUACUAUGUGUCUGAACCCAACGUUAGAUUUUGGAUACCAAUGAUUGUUGAAACGCUUUGUGUUUAAGAGUCCAUUAGCAGUAGAUUGAUUCAAGAACAAACCAUGCUUACUCUUUCCGAGUUUCAUGUGAUACCAUUACUCUUCUUCAUUACGUUUCUUUCGCCAUUGCUCUCCACUGCUAUACCUAUCAACAUUUGGCCAAAGCCGAGAUUUCUCUCAUGGCCUCAACAUAAAGCCAUUGCCCUCUCUCCAACUUUCACCAUCCUUGCUCCUGAACACCAAUACCUUUCUGCCUCUGUAACACGUUAUCUCAACCUGAUCCGCUCUGAGAAUUACUUGCCUCUCAUUAACCAUCCUGUCAAACUUAUGAAAGGUUACACCUUGAGGAACCUUGUAGUCACUGUUACCGAUCUUUCUCUUCCGCUUCACCACGGUGUUGAUGAGUCUUACAACCUUUCCAUCCCCAUUGGCAGCGUUUCCGCCCACUUGCUGGCUCAUUCGGCAUGGGGAGCUAUGCGUGGCCUUGAGACAUUCUCUCAGAUGAUUUGGGGAACAUCUCCUGAUUUGUGCUUACCAGUUGGAAUUUAUAUUCAGGAUUCUCCCUUGUUUGGCCAUAGAGGUGUUUUGCUUGAUACAUCGAGGAAUUACUAUGGAGUAGAUGAUAUAAUGAGGACAAUUAAGGCCAUGAGUGCAAACAAACUCAAUGUGUUCCAUUGGCAUAUUACUGAUUCACAAUCUUUUCCAUUAGUGCUUCCUUCCGAACCUUCACUUGCUGCAAAGGGAUCUUAUGGACCAGACAUGGUAUACACUCCCGAGGAUGUCUUAAAGAUUGUUCAGUAUGGUUUUGAGCAUGGUGUUAGAGUACUUCCUGAAAUAGACACUCCUGGCCAUACAGGAUCAUGGGGAGAAGCGUACCCGGAAAUUGUGACAUGUGCCAAUAUGUUCUGGUGGCCUGCUGGAAAAAGUUGGGACGAGCGGUUAGCUAGUGAACCUGGGACUGGUCAGCUUAAUCCCUUGAGUGCUAAAACAUAUGAAGUUGUUAAAAACGUCAUAGAAGAUGUCGUUAAGCAAUUUCCAGAAUCUUUCUUUCAUGGAGGUGGAGAUGAAGUUAUCCCAGGCUGUUGGAAAACCGAUCCUGCAAUCAAUUCUUUCUUGUCCUCUGGUGGAACACUAAGCCAGCUUCUUGAAAAGUACAUAAACUCGACAUUACCUUACAUCGUGUCACAGAACCGCACAGUUGUUUACUGGGAAGAUGUUCUGUUGGAUGCACAAAUCAAGGUGGAUCCAUCAUUUCUUCCUAAAGAGCACACAAUCUUACAGACUUGGAAUAAUGGUCCUGAGAAUACAAAGAGAAUCGUAGCUGCUGGUUACAGAGUAAUAGUCUCUUCAUCAGAGUUCUACUACUUAGACUGUGGUCACGGCGGGUUUCUAGGGAAUGAUAGUAUAUAUGAUCAGCAAGGAAGCGGUGGUGGGUCAUGGUGUGCACCAUUCAAGACGUGGCAGAGCAUAUACAACUAUGAUAUAACCGAUGGUUUGCUCGAUGACGAAGAGAGGAAGCUGGUGCUAGGAGGAGAGGUUGCGUUGUGGUCAGAGCAAGCUGACUCGACGGUUUUAGACUCACGGCUUUGGCCACGUGCCUCUGCGUUUGCGGAGAGCUUGUGGUCAGGGAAUAGAGACGAGAGAGGUGUUAAGAGAUGUGGUGAAGCCGUGGACCGGUUAAACCUGUGGAGGUAUAGGAUGGUGAAGAGAGGGAUUGGAGCUGAACCUAUUCAACCAUUGUGGUGUUUGAAGAAUCCUGGAAUGUGUAAUACAGUCCAUGUUGUGGGUUGUAAUACUCACAUGCUAAAGAAAUCUGAAUCCUGCACAAGACUUAUCAUGAGUGUUAGAUGGCCAAGAGUUCUAACGCCAAGUCUUCUUUCUCAAAUCCUAAAGAAGCAGAAGAAUCCAGUAACCGCACUUAAACUUUUUGAGGAAGCGAAAGAGAGGUUUCCGAGUUACGGUCACAAUGGCUCGGUGUAUGCUACCAUGAUUGACAUUCUAGGUAAAUCUAACCGUGUGUUGGAAAUGAAAUAUGUCAUUGAGAGGAUGAAGGAUGAUUCUUGUGAAUGUAAAGAUUCGGUUUUUGCAUCGGCUAUUCGUACAUUCUCCAGAGCUGGAAGGCUGGAUGAUGCCAUUUCUCUUUUUAAGAGCCUUCAUGAGUUCAAUUGUGUGAAUUGGACUCUAUCUUUUGAUACUCUUUUACAGGAGAUGGUUAAAGAAUCAGAGCUCGAAGCUGCUUGUCAUAUAUUCCGAAAGUAUUGUUAUGGUUGGGAGGUGAAUUCUCGAAUAACGGCUCUGAAUUUGCUUAUGAAGGUUCUUUGCCAGGUCAAUCGCUCUGACCUUGCGUCUCAGGUUUUUCAAGAGAUGAAUUACCAGGGUUGUUAUCCGGACAGAGACAGUUACAGGAUUUUGAUGAAAGGGUUUUGUCUAGAGGGGAAACUUGAUGAAGCCACGCACCUGUUGUAUUCAAUGUUCUGGAGGAUCUCACAAAAAGGUUCAGGUGAGGACAUUGUGGUUUAUAGAAUUCUGUUGGAUGCAUUAUGUGAUGCUGGUGAGGUUGAUCAGGCUAUUGAAAUUCUUGGUAAAAUCUUGAGAAAAGGACUAAAGGCUCCGAAACGAUGUUACCAUCAUAUUGAAGCUGGUCAUUGGGAGAGUAACAGUGAGGGUAUAGAGCGGGUGAAACGAUUGUUAACCGAGACUUUGAUCCGAGGCGCAAUUCCCAGUUUGGAUAGCUACAGUGCCAUGGCUACUGAUCUUUUUGAGGAAGGUAAGCUUGUUGAAGGUGAAGAGGUGCUUCUUGCAAUGCGAAGAAAAGGCUUUCAGCCAACACCAUUUAUUUACGGUGCCAAGGUUAAAGCGCUGUGUAAAGCUGGAAAGCUGGAAGAAGCAGUUUCUGUAAUCAAUAAGGAGAUGAUGGAAGGUCAUUGCCUUCCAACAGUUGGAGUAUAUAAUGUUCUUAUAAAAGGUCUAUGUGAUGAAGGAAAAUCAAUGGAGGCUGUUGGAUAUAUAAAAAAGAUGUCUAAGCAAGUCUCUUGUGUAGCGAACGAAGAAACAUAUCAAAUUCUAGUGGAUGGUUUGUGUCGAGAUGGUCAAUUUCUUGAGGCGAGUCAGGUCAUGGAGGAGAUGUUGAUAAAAUCACACUUUCCUGGUGUUGAAACUUACCAUGUGAUGAUAAAAGGUCUUUGUUAUAUGGACCGGCGAUAUGAAGCUGUGAUGUGGUUGGAAGAGAUGGUUAGUCAGGAUAUGGUGCCGGAAUCUUCUGUGUGGAAAGCUUUGGCUGAGUCUGUCUGCUUUUGUGCUAUUGAUGUUGUUGAGAUACUUGAGCAUCUAAUUAGUAGCAAACGUUGAUCAUUUUCAAGAUUGAAAAAAAUCUUCAAGGAACUCAGUCCCUCGAGAAUCUGUUCAAAGAAAGAUGGAGAACUCAAAGUUUGGGUAUUCGACUGGAUGAUAUUUUGCUCCUGACUUGUAUGAGAUCAAUGAGUCUACAUGUUGAUGCUUCAUGUCUCAUUAUAUCAUUCUAUUGUAAAAGUUUUUGUGAAAUGUAAUUGUUUCAAUUAGUAACAGGUUUCGUUGACCAUAUUAAUUUCAUUUCUUGGUGACCUGUAAUAAUAUAAUACAUUUAAAAAUGUUUU